AUGAAGGAAGUCACAAUGAUGUCGAUCUCCCUCAUACCCUCCUCCAUCCCACCUCCCUCCGUCACCGAGACCCAAGUAGCCCCCCUCUACUCGGGCUUCUCAGGCGCCGACAUCAACAUGCGUAACGGAACCUACCCCUUUCAGCGCAAAACCCCCCUCACACCAGGCUACUGCCUCGUCGGCCGCGUCGUCCAAUCCCACCCAUCAUCAUCGUCAUCAACCCGCCUCCGGCCCGGCCGCCUCCUCGUCCUCGUCCCUGCGGAUCUGGACCCCAAACUAGCCACGGCGAUCAUUCUCGACUGGGCCACCGCCUACGGCAUGGUGCACCGCGCCGCUACAGUGCAGAAGGGCCGGCGCGUCUUCAUCCAUGGCCUCUCGGGCGCUGUCGGGAACGCUACUCUGCAACUAUGUCAGACCAGGGGAGCCCUCGUGUACGGCACAGCCUCCGCAAGAAACCACGACAGUCUACGGGCUCAGGGGGCAGCGGAGGUAUUCGUGUACACGGACAAGCAGUGGAUAUCCGAAAUGAAGCCCCUGGGCGGUGUGCACGCCGUUUUCGACCCGCUCGGGUUCGAGAGCUGGGACGAGUCAUAUAGCAUCCUGAGCGAGGACGAGGAGGCCGUUUUGGUCGGGUACGGCGGCAACUUACAGACUCAUGCCGGCGCCAAUGGCGAGGGCAGGGUGGCCAGGUCGCAAGUGCCGCCGACGAUGAAGUUGUUGGCGAGGAAUGCCAUGUUCUGGACGCGGAGGAGGACGAGUUUCUACUAUAUCUCGCGGGAUAGGGCGUCUUAUGUGCCGGGCAUGUUGGCGCUGUUUGAGAUAGCGGGGAAGGGGGAAAUCGAUGUGAAGAUAAAUAAGAUCUGGGAGAUGGAGCAGAUUCGGGAAGCACAUGAGAACUAUGCAGGUUUGCGUGGUGUUGGGUCCAUCUUGAUUAAAAUGUCUGAAUAA